CAUCCUAUUCUUAAUCAAUAAACUUUGCUUCAUUAUUUGUCACCAAAUUAAUCACUCCAAAAUCAUAUAACUUUCAAAAAUGGAAUUUAUAACUUGUGCAUUACUCCUUCUCUUGACAUGUACCACACUUCAUUUCCUUAGUAGAAUCAUAAAACCAAACCAUAAUCUUCCGCCGGGCCCAACCCGUUUUCCGAUCAUCGGAAACCUCUUUGAACUUGGAGAAAAACCACACCAAUCUUUAGCCAAACUAGCAAAGAUUCAUGGUCCAAUAAUGAGCCUAAAACUAGGAAGAAUAACAACUAUAGUAAUUUCUUCAGCUGAAAUGGCCAAAGAAGUGCUAUUAACUCAUGACCAAUUCUUGUCAAAUAGAACAAUUCCUCAAUCUGUUUCUGUUCUCAACCAUGAACAUUUUAGCCUUGCUUUCAUACCCGUUUCGCCACUUUGGCGCGAGUUGAGAAAAAUAUGCAAUAGCCAAUUAUUUGCACAUAAGACUCUUGAUGAAAGCCAAGAUGUAAGGCGCAAUAAAGUUCAACUACUUCUUCAUGAUGUGCACAAAAGUAGCCAAAUUGGUGAAGCAAUAGACAUUGGAAACGAAGUAUUCAAAACGACGAUAAAUUUAUUAUCGAACACUAUUUUCUCUGAAGAUUUGAUUCAAUCUACCGGAACAGCCGGAGAGUUUAAGGACUUGGUUACAAACAUUACAAAAUUAGUUGGAUCACCAAACAUAGCUGAUUUUUUCCCAUUGCUCAAGGUCAUUGAUCCUCAAGGUGUGAAAAGACAACAAACUAAGAAUGUUGCUAAGGUGUUGGACGUCUUCGAUCGAUUGAUUCGGAAACGUUUGAAGUCGAUGGAUGAAGAUUCUAACACACACAAUGACAUGUUAGAUGCCUUGCUGAAUAUUUCUAAAGAAAAUGAUAUGAUGGACAAAAACCUAAUUGAACAUUUGGCACAUGAUAUUUUUGUCGCGGGAACGGACACAACAACAUCAACACUUGAAUGGGCAAUGACGGAACUAGUACUCAACUCAGAGAUCAUGUCAAAAGCAAAAAAGGAGCUAGAAGAAGUAAUAGGCAAAGGUAAACCUAUUGAAGAAUCAGAUAUUGCUAGACUCCCGUAUCUGCAAGCAAUCAUAAAAGAGACAUUUCGAUUGCACCCUCCAGUUCCUCUUUUGCUCCCUCGAAAAACAGCAAAAGACGUGGAGCUAUGUGGUUUCACCAUCCCAAAAGAUGCGCAAGUGUUAAUUAAUGUGUGGACUAUUGGUAGAGAUCCAACUUUGUGGGACAAUCCAACUUUGUUCUCACCUGAAAGAUUUGUUGGGUCAAAUAUUGAUGUAAAGGGUAGGAGUUUUGAACUCGCGCCAUUUGGUGCUGGAAGAAGAAUAUGUCCCGGUAUGAUGUUAGCUUUAAGGAUGUUGCUUUUGAUGUUAGGGUCAUUGAUCAACUCCUUUGAUUGGAAACUUGAAGAUGACAUGAAAUCAGAAGAUAUGGACAUGGACGAAAAAUUUGGAAUUACCUUGCAAAAGGCACAACCUCUUCGAGUUGUUCCUGUUAAGAUUAGCAUUUAAUUGAAUAAGGUAGCAAGUAUAUAUGUGCCUAGUUUUUAUGUCAAAAAUCAAAAUGUUAUGU